UGGUGUCUGGAGAGGUGCUGUGCCUGCUCCCGGAAGCCUUCAUAUUCCCCAGGGUCUGUACCCAACGCUCAAGCUUUGUAGGAUGAAGAGGAUGCAGGUAGUGUUUGGCCACCUGGCCGGCAGGCCCGAGUCCAGCUCCGCGCUGCAGGCCGCACCCUUCCCGCAGGCCUCAGCCGAUGACGUGGUGGUGGUGCAGGGACGGCGCACCCCCAUCGGCCGCGGAGGUCGCGGCGGCUUCAAGGACACCACUCCCGACGAGCUUCUGUCCGCCGUGCUGACCGCGGUUCUCCAGGACUUGAACCUCAGGCCGGAUCAGCUGGGCGACAUUUCCGUGGGCAAGGUGCUUCAGCCUGGGGCCGGAGCUGUCAUGGCUCGGAUUGCCCAGUUUCUCAGUGGCAUCCCAGAGACUGUGCCUUUGUCCACGGUCAACAGACAGUGCUCAUCUGGGCUGCAGGCAGUGGCCAACAUAGCUGGUGGCAUCAGAAAUGGGUCUUAUGACAUUGGCAUGGCCUGUGGGAUAACCUCGGAGAACGUGGCUGAGCAUUUUGGCAUUUCUCGGCAGAAGCAGGAUGCUUUUGCAUUGACCUCUCAGCAGAAGGCAGCAAGAGCCCAGAGCAGGGGCUGCUUUCGGGAAGAGAUUGUGCCUGUGACCACCACUGUCCUUGAUGAUGAGGGCAACAAGAGGACCAUCACUGUGUCCCAGGAUGAGGGCAUCCGACCCAGCACCACCAUGGAGGGCCUGGCCAAGCUGAAGCCUGCCUUCAAGGAUGGUGGCUCUACCACGGCUGGGUUGACUGUGAAUGACAUAGAUGUGUUUGAGAUCAACGAGGCCUUUGCAAGUCAGGCCCUCUACUGUGUGGAGAAGCUGGGAAUCCCAGCAGAGAAAGUCAACCCUCUGGGGGGUGCGAUAGCCCUGGGUCACCCCCUGGGUUGCACUGGGGCGCGGCAUGUUGUCACACUGCUCAACGAGCUGAAACGCUGCAAGAAGAGGGCAUAUGGAGUGGUGUCCAUGUGCAUCGGGACCGGCAUGGGAGCCGCUGCUGUCUUCGAAUACCCUGGGAACUGAGGCUCUGGCCGCAGGUGCUACCCAGAGAGUCCUGUGGCAGCCAGAGAGGGACACUGCAGAAGCCAUCCACAUGGGACACAGCACUGGAGGGGCGAGCACUGGCUGGAUGAAUCACAGCACUUUAAUUUAGAAAAUAUGGU